CGAUAGCAGAAAAUAUUAAAAUAGCGCGCUUUCAGAUGCAGUCUGUGUCUGUCUUUUCCUUAGUCUACUGUUUCUCCAACAGGCAGGCACACAGUGCCGAGCCUUGCCUGCUCCUCCCUCUCUCUCUCUCUCUCUCUCUCUCUCUCCAUCCCCUUCGAUCGAUCGCGGCGGCAGGUAUAGAGAUAUCGCAUCUCAAAACGAAGCCAAAACCGGCGUGCAGAUCUUUCUCCAACUUCAAAUCUUCCGAUAUCUCCCCAGACUCCCCUCGAUCGGUGUCGCGGAGGGUGGCCAUCGUCCCUCGAGCUCCCAAAGUGAUGUCUUUUCCUUGUGGAUUGCACGCUCAGCGAUGACUUGAUUGGGCGGCCUUUCCUUGACGAAGGAAUAUGAAGCUGCUUUUAAAGAAGGGGAAAAAUCCCUUUUUGCCUUUUCGGAUAAAUAGAGCUUCGAGCGGUUUUUCUUUGUUCCUAAAAGCUCGAUCAGCCAGCAAAACAUCAGGAAAUGUCCCUGUUUAUCUCAAUGUUUAUGACUUGACAUCUAUAAAUGGCUAUAUGUACUGGGCAGGCCUUGGGAUAUUUCACACUGGCGUUGAAGUUCAUGGUGUGGAAUAUGCAUUUGGAGCACAUGAUUAUCCAACAAGUGGAAUCUUUGAGGUUGAUCCUCGUCAAUGUCCAGGCUUCAGGUUUAGGAAAUCAAUAUUCAUGGGCACAACACAUUUAGACCCCUUGCAGGUCAGAGAGUUUGUGGAAAUUCAAUCUUUGAAUUACAAUGGAGACACUUACCAAUUGAUCACAAAGAAUUGCAAUCAUUUCUGCCAAGAUAUCUGUUACCAGUUGACUGGUAAGUCUAUUCCUAAAUGGGUGAAUAGACUUGCUAGGAUAGGUGCCGUCUGUAACUUCCUACUGCCUGAGCCCCUUAAGACAACUGUUGUUCGUCAUGAUCCAGAUUCUCAAAUAGAGGAUGGUGAGAGGAGGAAGUUGACGAGUCCUUACAGUUGCCCAUCUUCAAUAUCGACGUGCCAGAAGCAGUUCCGUGCCUCUUCUCUGUUCUUACCUUCUCCCUUUAAAGGCUCCCUUUCCCGUUGGGAGUUAAGGAGGUCCAGUUCCUGUUCUGUAAACUGUAAUUGAACAUGAAAAGAUAGCUGUUUCUAGAAGGAAAGUUUGUCAUAUUGCAGAUCACAGAAGAUGACAGUCUAUUAUUCUCUAUGCUCUGAUUUGUAUAAAUUUGUAAAGGCUUGGCAAAUCAACUGGACAAAGGCUUGUUAUUC